GAUAGCUAGUGGUAUGGAGUAUCUGGCUGCUGAGAAGUAUGUCCACAGAGACUUGGCUGCAAGAAACUGCAUGUGAGAGAUGUAACAAUAGUGAUUGACACUGAAACUAGGUAACUGGUGUUUGACUCUUGUGUAGCUACACGACUGUGGGCCAGUAGUGUCAGUAUAGGGCACUCUGGAAAUUAUUAUACCACCAGCAAUGGAGAGCCAUAAGAGACUUGCUGAAAACCAAAACUUCCCCACCAAAGUUGCUUCUAUUGACCCAUGCAUACAGUUAAAGUGAUUAAUGUCUGAUGUUGGCAUACACAGUCACACUAACUAAUACCACUUCUCCCCACCACAUAAAGGAUUGAUUCCCACUUUGUGAUAAAGAUAUCCGAUUUUGGUCUGUCUGAGGACGUGUUUCAGAGAAACUACUAUAGAGAGGGAGUGGAUGGAGAGAUGGCCAAACUCCCCGUCAAGUGGAUGGCCCCAGAGAGUCUCAGCGAUGGACACUUCUCUGAGAAAAGUGAUGUGUGGUCGUAUGGGGUCACUAUGUGGGAGGUGUUCAGUGGGGGUAAGUCCCCCUAUCCCGGGACUAAUCCCGCCACUCUGGUGCAGAUGUUGGAGGAAGGAGAGAGAUUGCCAAAGCCAUACAACUCUGCAUGUUCAGACAAAAUUUACACGAUGAUGCUCACUUGCUGGGAGGCUGUGCCAGACAAGAGACCUUCUUUCAAGACAUUGUACAACAAUGGCUCAAAGAUUAUCGAGGGAAUAGCUGGUUAUUUGGAAAUUGGAUUUAACCCGUUCACUGCAGAAACAUCAUGCGGAGAAGAUGGAGGAAGGGCAGCUACUGAGGGUGGUGUCAUGCAGGAGGGGAGGAAGGAAUAGUAACAGUGAACCAUUUCACUUAUUUUGACCCAGUUAGCUAUAAAAAUAACUUGCCAAAUAUAGAGUUAGCUACGAACACAGAUUGUUUUGUCCACCUAGUAACUACACAAGAGUCACGUAGGGUCUAUAUAGCUGCAUGUGGUAGUUAUUUCUACACUUGUAGACACAAUUGAUGUUUUGUCUAUAAAAACUGCUGUGUAUAAUAUAGCUACUUAAGAUGUUUUCAUUUCAUGCUUGUGACUAAACACACAAAAGUCUGAGCAAAUUGUUUUGCUACGCUGUUCAAAGCCAUGUGACAAACAUGCAUUGGAACUCCUAUAAAUCUAGACCCCAACUGGGACAUAGUGUCCAUGAUAGAGAAGUGGUGUCUUUAUUUGAUAUGACAUGCAUUAUUGGGGAGAGAAAAGAUGUCCUUAUGUAGGAAAGG